GAAAUAAUAUACAUUUUUUUUAUCAAACUCUAAAUUAUUAUUCAUAUUUUUUUUUUCAAAAAGAUGUCGACCUAAUAUACAUUGAUAUCCACAAGUUAACAAAUGCUAAGUCAGAUGUGUGCUUCCAAGUCCCGGUCAACCAAUUUGUUUGCUUCUCUCCUUAUUUUUGUUGACCAUAUUUUUUUAAGACCACCAUACUCUUACUCGUUUUGAUUUGGAUUCCCAACUAUAGAGAUGAAAACAGUUACUACAAAUCUAGAAGAUGAAACCAUUAAAACACUCUACAAUGCAUCCUUAAACGAUUCUGUAACAACCUUAAACACGCUCAUCCAAAACAACCCUCUUAUACUCCACAAAGUUUCACUCUCUCCCUAUAAUGAAACUCCAUUACACAUUUCCUCUCUUCUUGGACACUUAGAAUUUUGUGAAGUUCUUCUAAAAAACAAACCAAGUUUUACCAAUGAAGUUGACUCAAAAGGACGGUGUCCUCUUCAUCUAGCUUCAGCUGAAGGACACACCCAAGUGGUGAAAGCUCUUUUACUGGCAAACCAAGAUGUUUGUUUGGUUUCAGACAAAGAUGAGAUGAUUCCUUUGCACUUUGCUGUUAUAAGAGGACGGAUGGGAGUAAUUAAGGAGUUGAUUAAUGCUAGACCGGAUUCUGUUCGAGUUUUGAAUGACGAUGGUUCUGUUUUGCACUUAUGUGUUUUGUAUAACCAUUUGGAGUCAUUGAAGUUCUUAUUGGAAUCAAUUAGAGGAGAUAAACAGUUGUUGCUUGCCAAAGACAGAGAGGGCAAUACAAUUCUGCAUUUGGCAAUUAGGCUCAAACAAAUUAAGACCAUAAAAUACUUACUUUUGCAACCUGAAAUAAGAACAACAACAAUUACUUUGAGCAGGUCAAGUUUUACAACUUUGGAGCUGUUAGAGCCUUGCCCAAGAGAUUUUAUUAACCUUAAAAUUGAAGAAAUGUUAACUGAAGUUGGGGUUCAAAGAUCUAAGCAAAUGGAGUCCACGCUGCAACAUACACCAUUACCAAGCAUAUCCAAUCAAGAACUUCCAAAUGGAAGAAGGAAAAUGUGGGAAAACUUGUGGUUCAAGUAUCUACAAUUCCAAGGUAAUUGGAUAGAAGAAACAAGGGGAACAUUGAUGUUAGUGGCCACUGUUAUUGCAACAAUGACUUUUCAAUCAACAAUAAGUCCACCAGGUGGAGUUUGGCAAGAAGAUACUCAUACUGGUGGACGUAACUGUACUACUUAUGGUGUGUGUGAAGCAGGCACUGCAGUUUUAGCAUAUGCUUGGCCAAAUAAAUUCAUAAAGUUUAUGGCAUACAACACCACUUCUUUCUUUUCCUCUCUUGGUGUUGUACUACUACUUAUUAGUGGAUUUCCCCUUAAGAAUAAGGUCAUGAUGUGGAUCUUGACCAUGGCUAUGACCAUCGCAUAUUAUUCAACAGGGCUUGGCCACUCCUUAUCAUAUUAUUCAACAGGUUAUCAGCAUGGCUUACCCUCUUGAUGUUGCUUGGGGCAUAUUACUUUUAGUUAUUGGUUUGAUUCACACACUCAGGUUGAUUUUCUGGGCAAAAGAAAAUGUACAAGUCAAGCGCAUUUCUAAAAGGACAGGUUAUCCAGAUGUUUAGUCAUGUAAGAGUUUGAAAUGCUAGCAAUACUCUUUUAAACACUUUAUUAAUUUGUUGAAACUUAUGAGACACACAGAGAUGGUGAAAUAAUGAGACUCGUGUAAAAUAGUGUUCUAAAGGUGUUAUUGGAUUGUAAUUUAGAUUUAGUGUUAGUUUGAUUAUGUUGUAAGUAUGCGGCUUGCAACACAAGUAAGUUGUUUGAAUUUGGCAGUUUUGAAAUCUAGUUCAUUAAU